AUCGACAUACCGGAAGUUGCGUCAGAGCGGAGCCGCCCGCGGGGAGCGGGGAGCGGAGCGGACGGAGUCAAGAUGGCGGCGCCGGGGCUGGGCCGGCCCUGAGGGGCCGGGAGGGGCCCCCGCGCUCGGCGGGCUGGGACGGGCCGCAGGGGGGGCUCCUCAGCUCCCCCCGCCGCUCCUCGCGACGCUGCCGCCGCCGGAGCCUCCCCGGGGCCUGACCGGAGUCUCCCCGGGGGAGAAAGCGGGGCCUACUCGGGGCCUUUCGCGGCCUUACCGGGGCCUCCCCGCGGCCUUACCGGGGCUCGGCGGUGCCGUCUGGGGCUUCCUCGGGGCUCGGCGGCGCCGUUCGCGGCCUUAACGGGGAUUGACCGGAGCUUUUUUGAGUCGGACCGGGCCCUUCCCGAGGCCUCCGGGGCCUGACCGGGGUUGAACCGGCGCCUUUCGGGCUCCAACUGGGACUCAACCGGGUUUUUAAAAGCCUUUAACGGGAAGAGCCCCGCGGUUGCCCCGGUUUGGGUUCUUUAUCGCCGGAAUUUGGGGCCGAUUUCAGCCGAAAUCGCGGCUAAAUCGGAGCUUUUUUGUUUUGUGUUUUUCUUAUUUCACAGCAGCGCUUUUCCCGUUUUUUUUUUUUUUUGUUGUUUUUUUGUUGUUUUUUUUUUUUUCUCCCCGGGAUUUCGGCUCCUCCCGAGGGUCAGAAAAUCCCGGGAUUUGAGGUGCAGGAGGAGCGGGAUGAAAUUCCAAGGAUUUCUUCACUCUAACGAGGUUUUUUUGGCUUUUUUCUUGCGUUUUUUGCUUUGAGCGAGCCCGGGAUCACCCAAAUCCGCGAGAAACCCGGGGUCCAGGGAAUUCCUCCUUCGGGAAUGGUGUCCCUGGAACUGGGAAUGACUUAAGGGCAACACCGCGCUUGGCUUUUCCUCGGUAAAUUAUUCAUUAGGACGUUUAAAAAAAAAAAAAAGGUUUUUUUUUUUUUUUUUUGGGGGGGGUGGGAAAAAAUCCGGUGAUUUCCGGCAAGAACUGACAGCGAUCCCGGCUUCUGGAAUUGCGGCCACCGGUGGAACUUUGGGAGCUUCCGAGGGGGAUUUUUGGGGAGUUUUAUUUAAAAAAAAAAAAAAAAAAAAAAAGAAAUCAAAGAAAAGGAGAAAAAGGGGAUCGAAGAUUGCUGAGGAACGCUCGGGAUCCAGGGAUCCAGGCACGGCUGGGAUCGCUCCUGGCUGAGGUGCCCAUGGCGGGCCGGAAGCGCGGUGCCGGCGCUGCCAGCGGCGCCGGGAGCGGUGCCGGCGGCGGCGCGGCGGCGCCGUGGCCGGAGGAGCCGGGCGAGCGCGAGCAGGGCCUGUACUCCCUGCACCGCAUGUUCGACAUCGUGGGCGCGCAGCUGACGCACCGCGACGUGCGCGUGCUCUCCUUCCUGUUCGUGGACGUGCUGGACGAGGCCGAGCGCGGCCGCAUCCGCUCGGGCCGCGACUUCCUGCUGGCCCUGGAGCGCCAGGGCCGCUGCGACGAGAGCAACCUGCGGCAGCUGCUGCAGCUGCUGCGCAUCAUCACCCGCCACGACCUGCUGCCCUACGUCAGCCUCAAGAGGCGGCGCCCCGUGUGCCCGGACCUGGUGGACAAGUACCUGGAGGAGACGUCCAUCCGCUACGUCACCCCCCGUGCGCCCGGGGGGGCCCCACCUGGCCUCGGCCACCCCCACAAAUCAGUGCCUGCCCCCCACCCGUCCCUGUGCUGCCCCCCGGGGGGGCCCCAGCUGGGCCCGAAGCGCCCGGGCCGGGCCCGGAGCCUGCUCGGGAACCAACGGAAACGGAGGAAGUCAGCGACCCCCGACCCCAAGGAGAAACAGACCUGCGACAUCCGCCUGCGCGUGCGCGCCGAGUACUGCCAGCACGACUCCGCCCUGCACGGCAACGUCUUCUCCAACAAGCAGGACCCUCUGGAGCGCCAGUUCGAGCGCUUCAACCAGGCCAACACCAUCCUGAAAUCCCGGGAUUUGGGCUCCAUCAUCUGCGACAUCAAAUUCUCGGAGCUCACCUACCUCGACGCCUUCUGGCGGGAUUACAUCAACGGCUCGCUCCUGGAGGCCCUCAAGGGCGUCUUCAUCACGGACUCGCUCAAACAGGCCGUGGGCCACGAGGCCAUCAAGCUGCUGGUCAACGUGGACGAGGAGGAUUACGAGCUGGGCCGCCAGAAACUCCUCAGGAACUUGAUGCUCCACACGGCUCCCUGAGGGAUCUCAGUUUUUUUGGGUUUGUUUGGGUUUUUUUUUUUUUUUUUUUUUUUGUUUGUUUGUUUUUUUGUUCAUCCUCCCAACUCUUCCGAGGUUUUGUUGGCGUGAAGAGCGUCGCUCAUGGAUUCGGGGAGGGUUGGAGGUUGUGGGGUCGUUCCAGGAUUCGGCGCUUUUUUUUGGGGUUCCUGAUGGGUUCUCCUUGUGUUUUCCGUGGGUUUUGUUCUCCUGGUUUUUGUUUUUUAUUUUUUUUUUUUUUGUUUCGUACCCAUUAAAAACGGCGAUGAAAAGGUGAAAAUCCCAUUGGUGCAACGCGCUGGGAUUUGGGUGUGUGGAAUAUUCCAGAAUUCCUCGUUUUUCUCUCUCGCUUCUUCCUCCUUGUGCUUUCCAUGAUUUUCCCCUUUUUUUUCCUCUUCUUUUGUACCCAUUAAAAACAGUGGAAAAAGAAAAAAAAAUCCCAUUGGUGCAACAUGCUGGGAUUUGGGGGAUUUGGGUGUGUGGAAUAUUCCAGAAUUCCUCGUUUUCCUCUCGGUUUUUCCUCCUUGUGCUUUCCAUGAUUUUUCCCUUUUUCCCUCUUCUUUUGUACCCAUUAAAAACAGUGGAAAAAAGGAAAAAAAAAUCCCAUUGGUGCAACAUGCUGGGAUUUGGGGGAUUUGGGUGUGUGGAAUAUUCCAGAAUUCCCCGUUUUUCUCUCUCGCUUCUUCCUCCUUGUGCUUUCCAUGAUUUUCCCCUUUUUUUUCCUCUUCUUUUGUACCCAUUAAAAACAGUGGAAAAAAGGAAAAAAAAAUCCCAUUGGUGCAACAUGCUGGGAUUUGGGGGAUUUGGGUGUGUGGAAUAUUCCAGAAUUCCGCGUUUUUCUCUCUCGCUUCUUCCUCCUUGUGCUUUCCAUGAUUUUCCCCUUUUUUUUUCCUCUUCUUUUGUACCCAUUAAAAACAGUGGAAAAAAGGAAAAAAAAAUCCCAUUGGUGCAACAUGCUGGGAUUUGGGGGAUUUGGGUGUGUGGAAUAUUCCAGAAUUCCUCGUUUUCCUCUCGGUUUUUCCUCCUUGUGCUUUCCAUGAUUUUUCCCUUUUUCCCUCUUCUUUUGUACCCAUUAAAAACAGUGGAAAAAAGGAAAAAAAAAUCCCAUUGGUGCAACAUGCUGGGAUUUGGGGGAUUUGGGUGUGUGGAAUAUUCCAGAAUUCCCCGUUUUUCUCUCUCGCUUCUUCCUCCUUGUGCUUUCCAUGAUUUUCCCCUUUUUUUCCCUCUUCUUUUGUACCCAUUAAAAACAGUGGAAAAAAGGAAAAAAAAAUCCCAUUGGUGCAACAUGCUGGGAU